AUGUCGGAGCCACCACUAAAAAUUAGGCGGAUUGACUUUGCCGAGUUGAAUCAGUCAUCCGGAUCUCAACAAAAAAAUUUUAUUGAGGAGCAGAAUGCGGCUCUGCACCGCAAGGUUGACAUCUUAGCCGAAAAGCUGGCGAAGACCACCGCACUUUUCAAGGUCAAAUUGAAGGAGGAAGAAAAGUCGGAUCAGACAGGGGUUCCCUUCCCCCUAAAGACGGAGUACGAUAUAGAGCUCUUCGAGAGCUCUAUGACUCCUGAGCUGCGAGAGUUUUACAAAGCAAAAAUAACAAACGUGACCACGAAAUACUCGUUCACCAAAGCCAUUCGGUACGUCUUGGACGACGACUUGGUCACAAGUCAUAACCUAGACGGCACCAGCGGAAAAAAAAGCCUAAAAAGGUUUUCUAACCUGUAUAGUAUUUUUAUAGAGGUAUCAGAGAAGGCAUUCCCAUUGGAAGAAGCAAACAAAAACCUUCGGAAAUCGAUUCACAAUAUUAAGAAUAGUAUAAUUUAA